GGCCCUCCUUCACUCUCUCCUUAGAAUGCAGAUGUUUCAGUCCUUUUUACUUUUGAGGUAGUAGAAAGAGCUUCCAGCUGCUAGAGAUCUACUGACACCUCUAAGAAACAGAACUAACACUAUUUGAAUGAUGCUAUGUACCGAGAAACCACUUUCACAUACAUUAUGUCAUUUCAUCUUCACCCCACCUCCAAAUGAGGUAAGCAGAGGUUAUCCCUAUUUCAUGGAUGAGUUAACUGAGGCUCAGAGAGGUGACUUGCCCAAGGUGACUCAACUAGUAAAUGGCAGAGAUGAGACUCAAACGCAGGUCUGAUUAUCCCAAAGUUCUUAUUGCUUUAGAUACACUUCUUUGACUCUAGGAGUUCACAAAUGAAAUAAGGAGACAGGAGGUUAGGAGGCAGAAUACGUGGGCUCUGGAGGGGAGGAGUGGUCUCUCCUGGAGGGGUGAAGCACAGCCAGGGGUAUAAAACCACACCCCUUAGGGAACUGUGGCAGACUGAUACUUGGGACACCCAAUGGACGACUGUGAGGUCAGGGGCGGGGCUAGCUCCAGGGUAGGGGCGCCCAGGAGCCCCAACAGCAGUUCAGAGCAUGCGGUGUCCAGGAGGAAGCUACAACCGGCUUGAGAAUAUGCUGUUCCUCCCUCCACUUUUCACCAUGGACCCCACACUGUGGCCCUUCUCUCAGAACCUCUGAGAUUGGUACCCAGGCAAGGCACAAUGCCCAUGUCCCCAACAAGACUGCCUAGUCCCUAUGGCUCUGAUCGGCUGGUACGGCUAGCAGCCAGGCUCCGGCCAGCACUGUGUGAUACCCUGAUCACAGUGGGGAGCCAGGAGUUCCCUGCCCACAGCCUGGUGCUGGCAGGUGUGAGCCAGCAACUGGGUCGCAGGGGUCACUGGGCUCUGGUGAAAGGCAUCAGCCCUUCCACCUUUGCCCAACUUCUGCACUUUGUUUAUGGGGAGAGCCUAGAGCUGCAACCUGGGGAACUGGGGCGCCUUGAGGAGGCAGCCAGAGCAUUAGGGGUGCAGUCCCUGGAAGAGGCAUGCAUGAGGGCUCGAAGAGAUACAGCCAGAGAAGAGGUGGGUCCAGGGCUGAAGGAACAACAGGAGGAGCCAGAGAAACCCACAAGGGAUUCUAUGAGAGGAGUGGGGGGCUUUGGAGAGAAGCAGAGACCACAGAAGUUUGUUAGAGCUGGUGGGAAAGAACAGGAGACGUUGCACAGGCACAGGCCACCAAGAGAGAGCCCUGAGAUGGCAGAGGCAACUCUGGAGGAUCAAGGGGAGCAGAUGAGACCAGAGGAGAAACUCAACCAAUCCCCUGUUGGCCGCAGAGGAGCAAAUGGGAAGCAAGAAGUGAUCAUGUGGGUGAGGGAGAGUCCAGGGGGCUCUGAGGAAAGUCUGCGGGAGUUCCCUGGCCCCCUUCCCCCACCAGGUUCCCUCCAAACCGGCAUCACCCCUAGGCCCUGGUGGGCUGAGGCCCCUUGGUUGGGGGAGGGCCAGCCUGCCCUGUGGAGCAUCCUGCUGUUGCCGCCCAGAUAUGGCACUCCCUUCUCCCAUAGCACCCCCAUGACUGCAGCCCGGCGGGAGGUCUGGCCUCAGGACCAGAGGAUCCCACUGUCCCUGAACCUCCACAAAGGCCUCUGGAACCAGAACCAGUUGGCCUCCUGCAGCCCCACCCCAGGUUCCCUCCCCCAGGGCCCCACACAGCUCAGCCCUGGGGAGAUGGAAGAGUCUGAUCAGAGGCACACAGGUGAACUUGCAACCUGUGUGGGUCAUGUGGGCACAGCAAGCCACGCAUCUCAACAACACCCUCCCCCACCCCCUCCUGCUCGGUCUCGGCCCUAUUCUUGUUCUGUCUGUGGAAAGAAGUUUUCACUCAAACAUCAGAUGGAGACGCACUACCGUGUCCACACAGGAGAGAAGCCCUUCUCCUGUAGCCUCUGUCCCCAGCGCUCCCGGGACUUCUCAGCCAUGACCAAGCACCUGCGGACGCACGGGGCCGCACCCUACCGCUGCCCUCUGUGCCAGGCCGGCUGCCCCAGCCUGGCCUCCAUGCAGACGCACAUGCGCGGCCACUCGCCCAGCCAGCUCCCGCCGGGAUGGACCAUUCGCUCCACCUUCCUCUACUCCUCCUCCUCCUCGAGGCCAUCUCGGGCCUCGACCUCUCCCUGUAGGCCCCCUUCCUCAACCACCUGACAGGGUGUCAGUAGCUUCUUUGGCUUCAGCCACCGUACAGAAUAAAAGAUGGGCCGGCGGGCCGGCUAGGCUUCUGACCUCGCACCGCGGCUACGGCAGCCUAGCAAACUCUGCUCCAAGAAGCGUCGCAGGAAGGGCGCCAAGAGCCCUCUCCCAGAUGACCGCGGGCCACAGAAACCUGGGCCAGCGAGCCCGUGUGGGGUGAGGGCAGUGAAGUGUGCACGAGUGAAGGUUAACUGUGCGGGGACUGGCGGUUCAUCACCAAAAUAAAGAGUUUCCU